UUUGCAGAAAAUGGAUGGUGGUACGACAGUGGCCGGAACUGUAUUGGUAGCUGAAAAAGUCGGAAUCAAAGUAUUUGUCACAGGAGGAAUAGGUGGAGUACAUAGAGACGUGGAGACCAGCAUGGAUAUCAGUGCCGAUCUAAUGGAAAUGUCUAGAAGCUCUGUCACAGUUGUGUCUAGUGGAAUCAAAUCCAUACUGGACAUUGGACGAACCUCGAGUAUCUUGAGUAAAAAGCUUCUACUUGACCUGUAUAAUGUCCUAAUGUCUAAUGUCCUAAUGUCUAAUGUCCUAAUGUCUAAUGUCUAA